AUGGACAGACCAUUACCUAGAGCACCACCUCCUGGAAACUUUGAUAUAGACUAUGAUUCUUUUGAAAUCAAGAUACCCAACUACGCCUUUGGUAAAGCAGUGGAAUUAGUGGGCGCCGGUGGCUUAAUCGCUGUAAGUAUAGGCAAAAGGUUAAAGGACAACAAAGUAGUAUUGGCAAAGAUUUCACCUCAUUCAGUUCGACUCGAGCGAGAAUACUAUGUAACCAAACGCCUUUAUUCGUUACCUAGCGGAGAUAAAUAUGUGCCCAAUGCCAUUGAAUACGUAUCACUCGUUCAAGAUGGAUUGGCUGCUCUUUUAUAUACAGACAUAGAGCCGAACGACUAUAUUUAUAUUGAACAACAGCAAACAGCCAACUAUUUUACAUUGUAUUCGCUUACUCAAAUGACACAUGUCAAUGUAUGGAGAGACCAUCAACCAGAACCGCGAUGCCAGGUCAACAUGGAUGUGUUUCUCUUGCUUGCUAUUGAGUGUUGUUCAGCACUCCAGUUUCUUCAUGAAAACGGUGUAGUUCAUGGUGAAUUACGUCCCUCUGCCUUCCAGUUUAGAUAUACACCUAACAAACAACAAUUAAUCGCUAAAGUUUGGAAUUUUGGCGGAGGGUUAAAUUCAUACGAAGAAUUAUUGUUAACAACUUCCCGAUGGCGAUCAUUUAUGUCAAACGAGGAAAAACCUUAUGAUGCCAGCACAAAGAAUAAUCACCCAAGUUUGUUUUAUUCCCCUAAAGAAUUUAAAUCGUCACUUGCGUAUGUGAGUCCAGAACAAACAGGCCGAACCUCAAAUGCAUUAGAUCACAGAGCCGAUCUGUAUUCACUCGGCAUCAUGUUUUUUGUGGUGCUUACCAACUGCCCUCCUUUUAAAGGCACAGCCAUGCAUGUAAUUCAUUCUAUUCUGUCUAAAAAUGUGCCUCUUGUCCAUACGAUUCGAAAAGAUGUUCCUCCUACUGUGGACGAAAGAUAUGACAGUGCUUAUGGACUAAGAGAAGAUCUAGUAGAGUGUAAAAAGAGGCUAGCGACAGUUGAUUCAAGUCAAGAAUUGGCUUAUUUUCCCUUAGGCUCAAGAGAUAUCAAUCCUGUUUUUAAAAUAUCUGAUGCUAUGUAUGGUCGAGAUAAAGAAAUAGAAACGAUUAGUUCGAUCAUUCAAAGCGUUUACCAUGCACAUCAAAAAGAAAAAAAGAAGACACAACCCAAUGGCAAUGCAGAUAGUUCAAGUGCAUUAAAACAAGCCGACAAUUUACUGCGUGUCAAUUCAUCAACUUCCUUAGACAACACAAUAUGUGAAGUGAUUGUGUUAAAGGGGCCUGGUGGUAUUGGUAAAUCCACUUUGGUAUCUACGCUCAAUGUACAAGCAAGACAAUGUGGUUAUACAGCCUCUGCUAAGUUUGACAAGAAUCAAAAAAGACCUUACAAUGGUUUAUUACGAUGUCUUUCUUCUAUCUUACGACAACUUUUGACGGAAUCAGAACAUGUUGUGCGUGAUUUCUACAAGGACUUGAAAGAGAGCUUGGGCCCUCAGUUUUCUAAUGUUCGAUUGAUGGUUAAUAUGGUGCCUGAAUUAAAGCCGAUUUUGCACGACUAUUUAGAAGUCAACAACACAAUCGACGAUGAUGCUAUCUCAAGUAUUCUAAACACAGAGACCAGAUUUCAUUCAGUCUAUUUGAAUAUCAUUCGAACUAUUGCCAGAAGAAAGUUAUUGACCUUGUGCUUGGAUGAUUUACAAGAAGCAGACGAACCUUCUAUUCGAUUGAUCAAUGCACUCAUUUCUUCAAAAACAACCAUGUUGGUUAUCUUGACAUUUCGAGAUGGCAAUGAGACACCUCAAAAAGUAGUAGAAAUCCUUGAGAAAUGCAGUAAUCCAGUAACUACAAUACAACUGUAUGCGCUGGGCAUCGAAGUGCUCCAACAAUUAGUAUUAAAUACUUUCUACAACUCACAUCAUUCGUCCAGCACUGAUAUGGAUGACGAAGAAGAAGAACGAGAAAGAAAAGGAGAACAAGAACGAAUUGAUGCUAUUAUGCCUCUUGUUGACAUCAUCUAUAGCUGGACACGGGGAAACCCGUUUUAUGCGAAGCAGUUUUUGAAAAUGAUGAAAAGAAAAGACGACAUUUGGUUUGAUUGGAACGAAAAACAUUGGAAGUUUAGACUGGACAAUAUUAAAAAACUAUUUGACACUAAACAGACUUCCAAGAGACCAAGCCAUCAUGAUUUGUUUAUGCUUGAUGCAGAUACUAAACCCAGUCAUCAGGCACAUAAUGAACCUAUCUUUGAUGUACGCCAUCUUGUCUCUCAUUUACGUUCUUUGGAUCCAAGCGCACAAUGCUUCUUGAUGUGGGCUAGUUUGUUGGGCCAUGUGUUUAAUUUUAGGCGAAUCAAAUGGCUCAUGAUGGCAUCAAGUGAUAAUCCCAAGCCAGUUGAUUCGCCUGUACUCGCAUUUGAACAAGAAGAAGAACGUACAAAUCAAGCCAUGUUGGGUCUGCAAGUGGCUUUAAAUGAAGGUGUGAUUCAAUUCAAGGCUGGUAAUGACUUCCACUUUAUUCAUGAUCGAUAUUAUCAAGCAGCAUCCAUGUUGAUUAUUGAUUCAGCACAGAGAGAAAGUAUGCAUUUGAAGAUUGGACAAAUGUUGAUGCUAGAAGAAGAAGAGUUGGAAGAAGACGAUAAUGUGUUCUUGAUUGCAGAUCAUUUUCUUAAAAGUGCUGGAUUGAUUCGUUUAAUGGAAAAGCGUAAAUGUUAUCGUGAUAUGUUGAUUCGAGCAGGUAAUGAAGCAGCCUUGUCGGGGGCUUUGCAGAUUUCAGCAAGUUACUUUGAAUGCGCACUUUCUUUGUUAGACCAAGAUACUGAAAGGCGAUGGCAAGAUGGUCCAGAUACUUCGUUUUCAGAGACACUGAAUCUUUACAUGAAGAUUCUUGAACUUAAGUUGUUAAACAACAAAGAUAUCAACCAAGGUUAUGUCACCACAACAAAUAAAAAGCAAGAACAAGCCAUGAUAGAUAACGAAAAAAUCAUGGAUACUACUACAUCCAUUGUGGCUGAUGGCAACAAGCUAGUGACAGCAACUACAUUUAUUAUGUACGAUCGAAUGCGAGAUGAUAUAAUUCAACAGAUCAUGCAACAUACAGUUAACCAUCCUUAUGAAAGAGCACAAGCUUGGCGAAUUCAGGCACGCAUUUACUUUCAACAAUCUCAGUAUCGAAAAGGUAUUCAGAACAUCAUGGAAGGUUUAGAAGAGCUAGGCAUUGUAGUAGAUACCAAUAUUACUGAAGCAGAAGUACUUGAGUACUAUCACAUCAUCAAAGCAAGUAUUGUGGAGCCUGGUUUUGAACAAUUGAACAACGCAGGCCCUUGUCAAGACAAUAAGCAAAUUGCGGUUAUGACGCUGUUGAAUGAAGCAUGUUCUGGUGCUUAUUGGGUCAAUCCAAUUUUGGUUGAUUUCUUUGCGCUUAAGUUAUGCGAAUUAUCGCUUCAGUACGGAUAUACACCUUCAAGCGGCGGUGGAUUUAUCUGGGUAGGAUGUACAGCCAGCCGUGUUACUGAGUUUGCAUUUGCUGCUGAAUUGGGCAAGUUUGGUCUAGCACUCUGUGAGAAAUAUGCAGCCAAUUCUGAAAUCGCGAGAGCUAUUAUCUUGUAUCAUAGUCUCCUGGCUCAAUGGACGGGUGUUCAUGUACGAGAUUAUAUCUAUCAAUACCAAAGAGCCUACAAAUAUGCUAUUGCUGGAGGAGAUCAGCUCUUUUCUUCCAUGGCUUUAUUUCAUGUGGCCACUACGCUGUAUUGGACAAGUUGCAAUUUGUUUGAUUUACAUUGGCAUUUAAGUCAUUCUUUGGAAGAAUGCAGUAAAGGUAGCUCUAAAGACGUGCUUAUAUUAAAUGUAUCUCUUUGGCGAUCUGUGCUUGUUUUCCAGGGCAAGACAGACAUUACACAAGAUCCUGAUAAAAUGAUGAAUGAUCCAGACAGCAAUUUUGAUGAGUCUUCUUUUGUGGAAGACUUGAAGAGUCAAAGUGUUAAUUCUGGUAAUCCUUUGAAUUGGCAUUACAGUUUCAAAAUGAUCCUUUUAUUUCAUUUUGGAUUUACAAAAGCUGCUUCUGAACUUGGGUUUAAAAUCUUUGAUAAUUCUUUCAAUGAGAUUGUACAUCGCCAUGUUGGUAUUGCCAUGUAUUAUCAUUGUAUUGCUAUUGUAGAGAGCCUUCGAGAUGAAUCUUUAGAUCCAAAAACCCGAGCCAAAUAUACAAAACAACUACACAAGAACGAGCAGAAACUAAAUGAACUUGCAACCCAUUCAGAAGUUAAUUAUCGCAUGUAUCAUAAAAUUGUGCAAGCACAAAUAUCCACAUUGGACUUGAAUAACAUGGCUCAAUCACUACGUCUUUAUAAUGAAGUCAUGGAACUCGCAUUGAAAGGAAAAUGGUACUCCUUUUUAGGAUUGACAUUUGAAUUAGCCUCUGAGUAUUACAUGCGCUGUGGUCUGACACAAUUGGCUGUGCCUACGUUAUGUCGAUCACUUGAAUUUUAUGGUCGUUGGGGAGCUAUUGGUAAAGUGCAAUACCUCAAGAAGAAAUAUAGCAAAGAACUAGAGGGUCAAACGGUGUCUGGGAAAGAAGAUGUUGCUGUUCAAACAGAAGAUGUCAUUGUUGGAACGACUACAGUAGCCGAAAAAAACAUGAAUGUGUGGGAUAAUACCAGUAGUGAUGAAAUCAGUCAUGAUUCUUCAUUAAAAGAAGUGUUUACUGAAGACAAUUCUACACAUACUUCAGAAUGUCCAAGUAGAAACAACGAGAUGAACAACAAUGCGAUUGUGGAUUCUGAAGACUUGAAUAUUAUGCGAGAAGAUACAUUGUUUUCUCUUGAUAUGGUUGAUUUGACUUCAAUCAUUAAAAGCUCACAAGUCAUUUCAAACGAGAUGAAUUCAUUCGAUGAAUUGCUAAAGAAGAUGAUGGGCAUUAUUAUGGCUAACUCUGGUGCUGAAUCUGGUGUCAUCAUUGUCAAAGAAGGUUGCUUUGGUAUUGCUGCUCAUUCUGUUCGUUCUACCGACACCUGCCAAACUUACGAACCUCCUCUUCCUCUCGGUGAUGAUGAAGACGAUAAGAUCCUAACAUCUAUUGUACAUUAUGUGAUACAUACUAACAAAAGUUUGUUUAUAUCCAAUGUCCAAGCAGAUCCACGUUUCUCUACAGGCGAGAAGAAGGCUGCUGUGAUAUGUAUGCCUAUCAUGCACAAAAAUACACUCGUAGGUGUCCUUUAUCUUCAAGCCAACUUAAAUGCUUUUACUCGCAAACAUGCCAAUGUCCUUUCAAUCUUGUGUGAUCAAAUUGGUAUUUCCAUCACCAAUGCCUUAUUGUUUAAAUCAGUCCAACAAGCAACAAAAGCCAAUUCGCUCAUGAUAGAGAGUCAGCUUAAGGCCCUUGAAGAAGCCCGAGCGAGUCGAGAACAAGCAUUGCAUGCAACGAAGAUGAAAUCCAACUUCUUGGCCAACAUGUCUCACGAACUGCGUACGCCAUUUUCUGGCUUCUAUGGUAUGAUAUCCCUCUUGAGCGAAACCAAUCUCGAUGUAGAGCAACGCGAAUUCGUAUCGAUUGCUAAGCAAAGCUGUGAGAUGCUGUUACAUAUCAUUGAUGAUCUGCUUGACUUUUCAAAGUUAGAGGCACAUAAAGUCAAACUGCUUUAUGGCUUAUUUCAUAUUGAAGACCUGAUUGCAGAUCGAAUGGAGCUUUUGAUUACUUUGGCAACCAACAAGAAUGUGGAAUUGUCUUAUUUUAUUGACGAUGAUGUACCUUCUAUGGUCUUUGGUGAUGGCAAUCGCAUUGGACAAAUCUUGAUGAACCUGAUUGGUAAUGCAAUUAAGUUUAGUCAUCAUGGUGAAGUGGUGGUUCGUUGUGGGCUAGACAAGCCAGCUGAAUUAGCUGAACCAGACAGUAUCACAUUAAAGAUAUCUGUGCAAGAUACAGGUAUUGGUAUGUCUGAAGAAGAGAUCAAGGGGCUAUUUCUACCUUUUAGUCAAGUGGAUGGAUCGACAACUCGUAAUUUUGGAGGAACAGGUCUCGGUCUUUCUAUUUGUUUGCAACUUGUCAAACUAAUGCAUGGUAAUAUUCAUGUGGAUUCUGUUGUAGGAGAAGGGUCUACUUUUACGUUUACGAUUCAAGUAAAGAAUGGAGAUACUGUAGCGGAAGUAGAUGCUAGUUAUGAUUCAAGAUGCAGCACAAUCAAUGAACUCAGAGAGCAACUAGGACAACCUCGUUUACUCAUAUUGUCAUCAGAAAGGAUAAAAAUGAUGAUUAAAGCCUUUAUUCCUUGGAUACAACAAACAGACCAUACAACCGAUGCAAGUGAAGCCAUUGGGAUGACCAAAAAGGGGUUAUAUGACUGUGUUAUUAUUGAUACACCCAAACCAGACAUUUUAUCCAACUUAAUCAAGACAAUCGAAGAAACACCUGGAUUGAGUAAGAUGCGUAUUUUACUUUUAUUGGCACCUACUGUAGACAAUAUUCGUCGUCAUUUUAAAAAUAGUUCCAUCGCUACUGGUGAGGAACAAACUGUACGACAAGUGCACCAUUACGCUUUUUAUCCUUUAGUCGCACGUUUGUCUAAGCCUAUUAGGACUAUUAAAUUGCUCAAUGCUCUUGUGGGUGCUCUCAACACCUCGACUAUAAAUGAACAUGUUCCUAGUCCAUCAGCAAGUAGCCAAUAUGCGUUCCAAUUAAUAUCUUCCAAUAACACUCAAAAUACCAGUAACAAAGCAGACGAAGAAAACAACCAAAAAGAACCAGAUUCAACACCUAUCUUGGUAACUCCGCCUUACUCUCGGAAAAGCCAUGAGGCAUUCUCGCCUGAAGAACUUGCUGCUUUCAAAGGACAAAAGAUUCUUGUGGCAGAAGACAACUUUAUUGCUCAAAGAUUGAUUGUGAAGCAAUUGAGUCGAUUAGGAUUUAUAGUAGAGAAAUGCAACAAUGGGUUUGAAUGCUUUGAUACGUGGAAGGCAAGAGGGCCUGGCUAUUUUGUGUUAGCUUGGAUUGAUCAUCAUAUGCCUGGUUGCGAUGGAUUAGAAGCCACAAGAAAGAUUCGUGAGUACGAAAAAGAAAUGAACUACAGCCCUGCUUUACCAAUCAUUGCAUUAACAGCUGAUAUUCAAAUAACUGCACAAAAGAAUUGCCUUGAUGCUGGUAUGAAUGAUUAUGUUACAAAGCCUUUAAUGCAAAAGGAUCUUGCUACUGUUUUGAGAAAAUAUUGCUUAGGUCCAACUAUAUUACACUUAUAA